UACCCCUUGAUCGCCCGAAGGUGCCACCGCGACCGCCGAAGGUCCCAGAGAGGCCCACCAGUAGGCCCAAUUCCAGACCCCCUCCCAGACCCUCUGCAGGACCACGUGUGCUGCCGCAUGAAACGUAUCCCCCAACAUCUGAUUCAGUCAAGCAUCUGUCACAAGGGGACAAGUGCUCAUCCCCGCCUGAUUCAGAGAACCACCUUCCUCACUGCCCGCGGUGUGAAGAGUGUGUGGAUUAUAAGUGCUUUAUCGAGUGUUCGCAGGAUGUCACCAUGUACUUCUCGCGCAAAGCGUGCCUGGUGGUGGAUGAGAAAGUUCGGGACUCCUUCAACCCGGCCCACAAUCCAGGUAUGUGGUUGUAUGUAUAG